GGUGCCGGCGGUGCCGGGCGACUGCUCGCUCGCUCGCUCCUUCCUCGCUCGCCCCGUCUCCCGCCGCGGCCGCCCCGGGGGAACAAAGGGCCAUGCUUGCCUCCCGCCGCCGCGCCUGCUGGACGCUCCUGCUGCCCUUCUGCAGCCUCUGCGGGAUCUGCACCCCGAGCGCGCCCGGACAGGGCUACUUGAUCGCCGUGCCUUCUGUUUUCCGGGCAGGUGUGGUGGAGUCCAUCAGCGUGACCAUCUUUAACCCAGUCAAGGAGACGGCGGUCCAGAUCCAACUGAUAGUCAAAGGAGAGAUGGUGGCUCGAGGCCACGGAACAGUUCUGGGUAAAGGAACAAUUACGCUUAAGGUGCCCCGAGGGCUGUGGGGCCAAGGCCUCUUGAAGGUGUGGGGCAACCGCCACUGGGCAGGAGGGGGCUAUGCCUUCCACAACUCCACCACAGUGACCAUCGACAGCAAGGGGGCCUCCGUCUUCAUCCAGACAGACAAGCCCGUCUAUAAACCGAAGCAGAAAGUGCUGAUCAACUUGUUCACCGUCAGCCCGGACCUCCGACCGAUCAACGAGAAGGUUGAAGCCUACGUGGUGGAUCCUCGUGGGUCUCGGAUGAUUGAAUGGAACAACCUGAAGCCCAUUUGUUGUGGCACCCUGAACGUGAGCUUUCCUCUCUCUGACCAGCCUGUGUUUGGAGAGUGGCUGAUAUUUGCCGAAAUGCAAGGGCAGAUGUACAACAAGUCCUUCGAAGUUCAGAAAUACGUUCUGCCCAAGUUUGAGGUACAGAUUGAUCUGCCGCACUACAUCCGUGACCUUGCUGCUUGUGAAAAGGGAACUGUCCAUGCCAGGUACACCUUUGGGAAGCCGGUGGCGGGAUGGCUCACGGUCAACAUGACGGUAAAUGGAGUGGGGUACUACCAACACGAAGCUGGGCACCCUGUCCUCAAAACCAUGGAAAUUGAUGGCUCUGCGGCUUUCAAGGUGUGUGUGAAGGACAUGAUGCCCGUGGACGUCCCGGAGCAUUUCCGAGGCACGGUGAGCAUUUGGGCCACGGUGACCAGCUCUGACGGCAGCCGGCAGGUCACAUUUGACGACUCUACGCCCGUCCAGAGGCAGCUUGUGGACAUCAAGUUCAGCAGCGACACUCGGAAGGAAUUCAAGCCUGGCUUGCCGUACAGAGGGAAGGUGGAAGUCACCUAUCCUGACGGGAGCCCUGCGGAUGGGGUGUCCAUCCGGAUCAAAGCAGAACUCACUCCAAAAGACAACAUUUACACAAGUGAGCUAGUCUCCAGCGGCGGCCUGGUGGAGUUUGAGAUCCCUUCCAUCCCUCCGGCUGCCCUGUACGUCUGGCUGGAGACCAAAGUGACAGCCCUCAAUGGGAGACCUGCUGGAGACCAGUACCUACCCAGCUUCCUGUCCAUCAGCAGCUGGUAUUCCCCCAGCAAAUGCUACAUCCAGCUUCAGAUGCCAGAGCGGCCUUUCCUGGUGAGAGAGGAGGUGCAUAUCCCUGUGAAAUCAACCUGCCCGUGUAAUUUCACCCUCCACUAUGAAGUCGUGUCACGGGGGAAUAUCGUCCUGUCGGGGCUACAGCCUGGAAACGUGACUUGGCCAAAGAGGAAAAGGGCCACUACUCCAUACUCCCCCAGGAGCAUCGGCUUCACUCACAUCCCAGCUGCCACCACCGAUCCUGCUGCGGAGACGAAUUCCUGCACGGCCGCUGUCAGUUUCUCAGUGACUCCCGCAAUGGCCCCGCUGAGCCGUCUCCUGGCAUAUUACGUCCGUGAGAAUGGGGAAGGGGUCACAGAUAGCCUGCAGUUUGCCGUCAAGCCCUCCUUGGAGAAUCAGGUUUCAGUGGCGUUUUCCACCAACGAGACCAGGCCAGGCGACACGGUGACGCUCAGGGUGCGAGCAGCGAAGGGGAGCUGCGUCUGCUUGGCUACAACGGAUAAAAGCAUCCACCUCCUCAAGCCGGGCUUCCAGCUGACGUCUGCCCAGAUCUUCCAGGAGCUGGCAGAUUAUGACUUUUCUGACGCUUUCGGAGCUGUCAAGGAGGAUGGGCACUUCUGGUGGCCCAGCAUGUCUUUGCGCCGACGGCGAUCGUCCAUCUUCCCCUGGCACUGGGACGUCACCAAAGAUGCCCGCUUUGCCUUUACGGAAACCGGUUUGGUUGUCAUGACUGACCGCGUCAGCUUGAACCACAGGCAGCAUGGCGGCAUGUAUAACGAUGAGGCUGUCCCGGCCUUCCAACCACACACGGGGACCCUCGUUGCUUCCGCCCCAUCCAAAGCCGUGUCGAGAGCAGAUAAGAAGAAAAGAACCUUUUUCCCUGAGACGUGGCUGUGGCAGUGCUUAAAUGUCAGCAAUGUCUCAGGAGAAGCUCAGCUCCACGUAGAAGUUCCUGGCUCCAUCACCACAUGGCUGACAGAAGCCAUUGGGGUCUCCGAGGAGAGAGGGCUGGGCCUGGCAAAACAGGCCGAGCUGAGGGCCUUCAAGCCUUUCUUUGGAGAGUUUGCCCUCCCGUACCGCGUCAUCCGUGGAGAGCAGACCAAGAUUCCCCUGACGAUUCACAAUUACCUGCCGGUGUGCUUGGAGGUCCAUGUGAAGAUCUCCGUGCUCAAAGGGAUCAACUUUGUGGGACAUCCUGGGAAGCAUCACCUGGCCAGGAAGAAGUGUGUGGCUCCUGGCGAAGCGAAGCCCAUGUCCAUAGUCCUUGCCUUCACAGAACUGGGGCAGACCAACAUCACAGCAAAAGCAUUUGCUUACCCUGGGAGUUGUUGCCAGGAUAACAUGCCAUUUGUGAAGAACGGGAAGCGCUCUGAAGAUGGGCACAUGGACAAGAGGGCCCCUCUUGGGGUGGACUAUGUCCGCAGGAGCAUCCUUGUUGAGGCAGAGGGACUGGCCAGAGAGUAUACUUACAGCGUCUUCUUCUGUCCUAACGAGAAAAUUCACAUUUCCACUCCUAAUGAAUACGAAUACCAGUAUGUGCAGACACCAGCCCGCAUGGUGCGCUUCGACGUGGCCAUCAAGGCUCACAACAACGCCCACAUCGCCUUGUCCUCCAGCCCCCACGAUAUGGCUGAGAUGAUGGAAAUUGUCCUUGGUGGGCAGCAGAACACCAAGACCUGGAUCUGCACCAGCAAGAUGGGCGAGGCGGUGGCCAGCGUGGAGAGCCCCGGCAUCCUCUCCUGGGAUGGAUUCCGGAGUUUCUGGGUCAGCUGGGCCAAUGGGAUCAUCCAGGUGGGCCAUGGCUCCUCUGCCCUCAAUGAGUCUGUCAUCGUGGCCUGGGCUGCCCCCCAGCAGCUGGAGGUGAAAUAUGUUGGUUUUUCCACCGGCUGGGGCUCCAUGGGCGAGUUCAGAAUCUGGAGGAGGAAGGAGGCAGACGAGAAUCACAACAAAGCCUUUACCCUGGGCGUUCCUCACAAUGUGAUCCCAGGAUCAGAGAGAGCCACUGCUUCUGUCAUCGGGGAUGUGAUGGGCCCAGCACUGAACAAUCUGGACAAUCUACUGCAGCUGCCCUUCGGCUGCGGGGAACAGAACAUGAUCCAUUUUGCUCCCAACAUCUUCGUUCUCAAGUACCUGGAAAAGACCAAGCAGCUCAGCCCGGAGGUCGAGAGGGAAGCCACAGAUUACCUGGUGCAAGGAUACCAGCGCCAGCUGACCUACAAGAGGCAAGAUGGCUCCUACAGCGCCUUUGGAGAGCGGGAUUCCUCGGGCAGCAUGUGGCUGACGGCCUUCGUGCUCAAGUCUUUUGCCCAGUCUCGGGGCUUAAUUUUCAUUGACCCCAAGGAGCUCUUGGCCGCCAAAGACUGGAUCAUUCAGCACCAGAAGGAGGACGGCUCCUUCCCAGCCAUGGGCAGGAUAUUAAAUAAGGACAUCCAGGGGGGCGUCCAUGGGAAGAUUUCGCUGACCGCGUACGUGGUAGCUGCCCUGCUAGAGACAGGAGUGACCUCUGAGGGGGAAAAGGGCUCUGUGGCCAAAGCAAAGCACUUCUUGGAAGCCAACGUGUACUUGGCUGAGGACCCAUACACCACCGUCCUGACCGCCUAUGCCCUCACGCUCCUGCGCAGCCUCUCAGCCGCUGCAGUGCUGGGGAAGAUGAAUGGCAUGGCCAUCGCCCAAGAUGGCUUUACCCACUGGAGCUUAAUGGGGACUCUUGCGACUGACGAAGACACCUUCAUGGGGUUUAAUGAUGGCCUCUCCCAGUCAGUGGUGUCAGCGGAAGUCGAAAUGACCGCCUACGCACUUCUGACUUACACCAUGCUGGGAGACGUGGCGUCUGCGCUGCCCGUGGUCAAGUGGCUCUCUCAGCAAAGGAACGCGCUGGGAGGAUUCUCAUCCACGCAGGACACCUGCGUGGCCUUGCAGGCUCUAGCUGAGUAUGCCAUCCUGUCGUACGUUGGCGGGGUCAACCUCACCAUCUCCUUGGCCUCCACUAACCUGGACUAUCAGGAGACGCUGGAGCUGAACAGAGCCAACAGGAAGCUGCUGCAGACCACGGUGAUUCCUUCCAUUCCCACGGGGCUGUUUGUGAGUGCCAAAGGGGAGGGCUGCUGCCUCUUGCAGAUCGACGUCACCUACAACGUCCCUGACCCCGUGGCCAAGCCGGCAUUCCAGCUCCUGGUGAAUCUGCAAGAGCCCCAGCUGAAGAGGCACCGCCGCACCCCACGCCUGCCCAGGCUCGUCUUCCUGGAGGAGGGCCACUCAGAAGCUCCACACAGGGACCGGGCGCUGGGGGAUGAUGACGACCCUUCAGCCGACCAGGACCACCAGGAGUACAAAGUCAUGGUGGAAGUGUGUAUGAGGUGGCUGCACUCGGGAUCCUCCAACAUGGCUGUCCUGGAAGUGCCUUUGUUCUCUGGAUUUCAAGCCGACGUUGAGAGUCUGGAGCAGUUGCUCCUGAACCAGCAGAUUGGCCUGAAGAGAUACGAGGUGGACGGCAGGAAAGUCCUCUUCUAUUUUGACGAGCUUUUGAAGCCACCCGUUUCUACAACGUCAGCGAAAACAGUCCCCUGGCCCGGGAGCUUUGCGACGGCCCCAUGUGCAACGAGGUGGAGAGCUCAGCCAGCCAUUGGGUUGGUUUUGUCCACGCUGGGCCUUGCAACGGCCUCUUUGGCUGCCUGGAGGAUGGCCUUUUUGAGCAGUGCCUCUGCUCGCGGGACUGUGGCCAUGGUGGAGAGCCGGUGUGUGGCUCAGACGGCCUCGUCUACCCAAAUCAUUGCCGGAUGGAGGUGGCAGCCUGUGGGAACAGCACCCAGAUUGAGCAGGUCCCCAUGGCGCAGUGUGUGUGGGCCAAGGAUUCUCCAGAGGAGAGGGACCCUCACUUCCGCGCCCUUCACCAGCCUGGUGGGGGACAGCCACAGGCACCAACAGAUGAAGACCCCACCGCCCAGCUGGACUUCUCCAACUACGCUUACGAAUACGAGGCGGACCCCUACGGUGCUUAUGAACUGACGCCACCCAGCAGCAGCGCAGGCGCGCAGGAAGGCAGCCAGCUCCAGGGAUGUGCUGCGGCCCCUGGGAGUGAGCGGUGAGCAGUGAGUCGGGCUUCCUCCUCUGUCCGGCCAACGACGACAAGAAGAAAGGCAGCCAAAGAAAGAAAACCCAUUGUGUGCUUUGCCGUUUGGGUUUCAAAAUGCCCCCUGGGCCACAUUGGCGAGAUGAUGCAAACAGUUCUGCCAGCAUCCAAGGCCUUGCUUGUUGCAGGGAAGCCUAGGAUGAAUCACAAGCAGGGAGGGGCAAAUCUGUCAUAGAAUCGUAGGUUAGUAGAGUUGGAAGGGGCCUGUAAGGCCAUCCAGUCCAACCCCCUGCUCAAGGCAGGAAUCCAGCAGGGGGCUGUCCAGCUGCCUCUUGAAGGCCUCCGAGGUUGUUGCCUAUUUUCAGUUUCUCUUCAGUUCCUCAUUUUUUCCCACCUAUAGUUCAGCAUGUUAGUGCAAAUUUCUCCUAAUGUACAUAUUUUAUAUGUAUUUAAAUCUAAUGUGUGUAAUUUAAAUACAUACAUUAGAUAUGUAUGUCUAAUAUGCACACUUUUUUCAAAGCAGUUUCCCCCAAUAUAAUGAAUGGGUUUUGUAAUACAGAUUAUGUGUCCUUACGACACUUCAUCCUAGUGUGUGUGUUUCUGCGGUCGUUACUUUGCCUUGUGGAAUUCAGAGAAGUGCAGAUGGUGAAAGAUGGCCGCGGUUCGGUUUGCGUCUUGUCCUGGAGAACUGCAUGGAACUUUCCCCACCUCUCCCUUUCCCCGCUCCCCCCUGCUUUCUGUUUUCUUGUAGAGCUCCCCCCCUCCCCAACCCAACAGGGGCAGCCCCACGGCAGAGUCCGACUCUGGCCUGGUCUGCCACACCUCGAUGUCGAAGCGAAACCAAAGACCAGCCCUCCCACGGCCUUGGCCCACAGCUCUGCAGUGCUGGAGCUGGAGGGCAGGCGAGCCCCUUCCAGCUUGGGCCCUGCUUCCCAGCCCGCCUUGCAGCAGCAGUGGCAAAGAGGUGGGCCAGCUGCCUCCCUCCCCCCAGCCAUCCUUGCCUCCCCCCCCCCAGCCAUCCUUGCCUCCCCCUGAAAAGUCCGGCCAGAGGACAAGAGCCCCCAACAGCAUCACCUUGCGAGGGUCUCUCUCUCUCUCUCACACAGAGCCACUAUCCUCACUUCUUUUUUAUCAUGGGGGGGCAGAAGGCUUCUGUCUGACUGCCUACAUUUAUGCCUCCUCUCCCCCCCUUCUUCCUGCCCCCCAGCCAGGGCUGCUGUUGAUGGGGCAAGAGUCAGCUCUAGGCGUUUCACUCCACGGUCUCUCUCUGUGCUGCCAUCCUCCCUGGCCACUGGGCCAUGCUUGCGGAGGCCGAUGGGAAUUGUAGUUCAGCAGCACCUGGAGGGCCAGAGGUCCCCCACAACUGCUUUAAUCCUUGGAGGAAUUUUGGGGUUUCUGAGUCCCACCGUGUUUCCUAGAGCAGCUACUAGGAGCUGCCUUCCUAGAGGGACUGUAAGGAAAUCUCUCUUUCGCUCUCUCACUCCUUACAUUUCUGUGCAGUUUCUCCCUCUUCUUGGCUGUUAGUGUGUAAAUCUAGAUGCCCCAGUUUAAAAAAAGAAAAACAUCUGUGACUUGAGCAAGGGCAGGAGGAGCUGAACUCUGGCCUUGCUUAAGAGAGUAGCUGGGGAUUGUCUUCGAAACAUGAGUGUCGGAAUGGGGCAGCUGCUCCCCCACCCCCCAGAUGCACCCUAACUUUCCCAAGUUUCACUUUGGUUUUUUUAGAAACAAGAUUUAAGUUUCUAGGAUGCGUAGAACCUGAGAUAUGAGACAAAACGUACAGGCACUAAUCUCAUUUUUGUGUGUGCGAGGAGCUACCCUCCUUUCUGCUGCUCCGCUGCCCCUCCCAGCAUUUUACUUUACCACCCCACCCCUGGAACCACACACAUGGCCAUCUCUGCUUCCAAGGGACCAGAGCUCCAAGACCCCAGGCGCUGACCCUCGCCCUUUCCUCCUCACCCACCGCCAGGCUGUUGGGCCGGACUCUGCCUUGGGAAUAAUACUCAGAAUCGUCAUUGUGCUGAUAUUUAUUUUAAAAGCGGCCGCUUCAUUCGCCCAGCGUGAGCUAUUUAGUUAGACACGCACACACUCUCGCGUCGGGCAUCCAUGAGCCAUUUGCCUUCCUGGCAGGCUCAAUUUAUUCUGGCUCCCUCCCUCCCUCCAUUGUUGCUUCUGCACUUUGUGCUGUGUGGAUGAGAUGGGGAGGUAGCCCUCGUUCCUUCCUUUUGUUUUCUGCUGCUCAGUAGGACAACCUGCUCCCCCAUCAGCUUAGUCACAAAUCCAAGCCACGCAGGGGUGGCGUUUACUUUCGUGGUUCAGCACAAUCCCUUGUAUGAGUGUCUGGGGAGGGGGGCAGGCGAAGAAGUUUGAU